AUGACCAACAUUAAGGAAGCCCUCCAAGUGGACGUGGACGCUUUUGACAUUGAGUUAGCCAGAAUCAAACGAGUCUGCGACGAGACGAGACAAUUGCAUUGGCACGAUCCCGACCAGAAAGCUCAGUUUGACAAAAACAUUGGUGACCUCUACGAAGCUUUAGUCAGCAUCACCCAAGCGCUUAAAGACAUGUGCCAAGUGAAAGUUCAGCUUGAGUCGGUCAUGGGCGAAAUCAUGGGUUUGGUGAUGGACCAAAUCAACGACCAGAUGUGCGCUCUCUACUUUGAAAACCCAUAA